GACGGGGCUGGUGCUGUGUCACGUGAGGCGCCGUUUCUGAAAUAUGGCUCCGACUAGCUCACAACAAAACACUGUCGGCUGACUGACUCUCGCCCGUCCGUCCGUCCGCCCGUCUAUCUGUUUGUCCGUACUCAUCUCUGGGAAAAACGCUGGAAAAUGAAGCAAGCGCGGCUACCGUCGCAGUAUGUCUCGGGUUCAUAGAGUGACAGAGAGCCAUCAUGCGUGAAGCGGGGACACACAGUUAGCUCAACACCAACUAGCUGUCAACUGCUACAAGUGGUGAGAGGGGUAAAAGGAGACCGGCUCGGCUCUAAAAGCUUUCUCCAUGGAGCUCUGAAUACUGUAGCUAGUGGGACAAACUGUGGUGAGAGUGCAACUGCUAACCAGCAUUUAAAGACUCACCAUGGAUGGGCUGAUGCAGGCAGUGGAGCGAGACUUGGGAGUUGACCGGCGGCAGCAGGGCCAGGGGCCCCGUCCUGGAGAGCUCGUAGCCUUGGUCCCUACGCGCUGGGUGAUGGGCCUCAGGGAGAAGAGGGUCUUGCGCUGUGCUCGCUUUGAAAGCAGCAGCGCGGCAGAAAUCUCCACACACCUCUGGUCUUCACAGACAAAGCUGCCACCUGGCUGGACACGAGUGUGCAUUCAGGGUCUGAGGAAAAGCAAGCUGAGCUACAGAUUGGCCAGGGAUCCGUGCCAUCGUGAAAUGGAACUGCUCUCACAGAACUCGUAUGUUAAAACCAUGCAGAGUGUGUCGCAGCACAAUGUCAGAAAUCUGUGGCGAGAAGCUCAUUACAAACUUGUGCAAGCAUAUACCGGCCCCAGUGAGCAAAUGCAUAUUACUGCUGUAGAUGCAGUACGCCACGCACUGGAGAAGCUCUUCAAUUUGACGUUUAUCUCACCAGACAAAGGUUCACCUUCCCUCUCUCCAGCCAGAGAGAAGGAAAAAGACAUAUUUUUGCCACCCAGCUCACCCUGCUUUUCAAAGUCCCAGUCAGACAAUCUUUGCCCUAACGUCCUGCCUGCAGAAUGUCUGCUGGAGACGACAGAAAUGAUGUAUGUGAUUCUACCGUACACUCAGUAUUCGCUUCACGACAUUGUGUCCUUCAGCCCAGCAAAGCUUGCCAACAGUCAUGCCAAAGUCUUGUUUAUCAUCUACCAGGUCCUAGUAGCUAUGCGGGCAUGCCAUACAGUGGGCCUUUCUUGUGGAGAGCUGUCUCUUCAGGACAUAGCAGUCGAUGAGCAACUCUGCAGCCAUCUCAAACUCAACCUUUCUCAUUAUGAGGACCUGGGAUCAGAAGAGGCAGACAGGGAUGAUCGUGUAAGCCGAGAACCAAAAAAUGCCCUGCCAACAGAAAUUAAGUGUUUGAGCCAAGAGAACAAUAGACUGUGCAAAGACUGCUUUGAUGAGCUGAAGACACUGGUUCUGGAUUGGGUUCAUGGACGAGUCAGUAACUUCCAUUACUUGAUGGAGUUGAACAGGUUGGCUGGACGGCGGGAAGGGGAUCCUAAUUAUCACCCAGUGCUACCUUGGGUCGUAGAUUUUACUGUCCCUUUUGGGAAAUUUCGGGACCUCAGGAGGUCAAAGUUCAGGCUCAACAAGGGGGACAAGCAGCUGGACUUCACAUAUGAGAUGACCAAAGAGGCAUUGGCAGCUGCAACGGGUAAUGGAAUUGGGGUAGGUGGAGAUCUCAUUGUCGGUGUUGGAGGUGCUGCACAGUCCGAGCACCUGCAUGUGCCUCAUCACAUAUCUGAUGUGCUGUCAGACAUUACUUACUAUGUCUACAAAGCCAGACAGACUCCCAAGUCAGUACUUUGUAGCCAUGUUAGGUCACAGUGGGAGCCCAAUGAAUACCCAGCGACUAUGGAGCGCAUGCAGAGCUGGACUCCUGAUGAAUGCAUUCCAGAAUUUUACACAGAUCCAUCCAUUUUCAGCUCAAUCCACCCAGACAUGCCCGAUCUGGAUGUGCCUUCUUGGUGCAAGUCAUGUGAAGAGUUUAUUGAGGUCCAUCGGGACCUUCUGGAGAGCAGAGAUGUCUCCCAGCAUUUGCAUCACUGGAUAGAUCUCACGUUUGGUUAUAAGCUGUCAGGUAAAGAAGCUAUCAAGGCCAAGAAUGUAUGCCUGCACCUUGUGGACAACCACACAAAUCUGACUAGCUAUGGUGUAGUUCAGCUAUUUGACCAGCCCCACCCACCUCGCUUAUCUGCUUCCCAAUAUGCCCCAGCAGAACCUCCUAUUCUUGGCCUUGCUGCUCUUAAUGUGCCUUCCUUACACAUCCCUUCUGUUGACGCUGUUGUUGACACUGUGGAUGGAAUGAUACCAGAAUCGAAAGGGUGCGAGUCCUCUGGUUGGACCAUGGCAGAUAAGGAUGAUGAUCUUGAACAAGGUACAGAAGCUAUAGACUCAUUAUCUUCCACUGGCUCAUCCACAUCUUGCCCUGUCAAUCUGCCAACUAUCAGCCCAGGGGGAGGUAAAAUUAGCAGCGAGCGCACAGCACAUGCAUCUCAGUCUCCAAGUCCACUGACAAAUGAUUUCUCAAGUGGUAUAGCUCCUGCUUUAAGAAGUGCAGUGUUACAAAAAGGUGGCUCAAUGAACAAAAAACAUGGAGAAAACAUUGUUACUACCAACACAGAAGAAGUCAAAAUCAUUCUACCUGAAGGUUUCAGCCCAUUGCAACCAUUAGAAGAACUGGAGAAGUUAAAUAAUUUCUUGGUAAAAAGUCUUCAUGCUGAAAUUUUGCAUCCUUCAACAUCUUCUGGCUCAAGAAGAGAGGGUUUGAAAACUGAACCUGGACCUUCUCUCACCAACCUCUUCCAAAGAGAUGUGCAGGCACUCGGUGUUUUCACUGCAGAGAUAUUCUAUGCCGCCAAACUUAGAGGCCUGAAAGCAGACACUCCACUCAGACAGCGUUUCCAGGCCGUCAUCAACCUGUGCUCUACAAACCUUCGCGAUGUGCCUCUGUCAUUGCACCAUGCUCUUGAGUCCUUGUUGCUCUUAGAAAAACAUGCUAAAGUCUCACACAGAGAAGAACCAGUUUGCCCAGAGCCUCUUGUUUUCAAUUAUGACCCUAUCUACGAUGGCCUCCCUCCUCCAAGCCCUCACCAAUUGUUGAAUUCCAUCAUUAGUCCUUUUCCCUUCCCUUCCUAUUUUGCUGCACUUCAUGAUUUUAUCUUCUCCUACCAUGGCAAGAUGGGUACUAUGUGUAGCCUUCAGGGAAGAGACAUUGUCUUCCACCUGUGGCAGCAGCUUGAAGCACUGUUGCGGACUAACAUCACUGCUGAAGGUCUUGAGAUUCUCUUGCCCUUCAUUCUAGCCCUCAUGCUUGAGGAGUCGACUGCAGUCUAUGCUGCUUGGUACCUUUUUGAGCCCAUCUCUACAGUCCUAGGUCCCAGAAAUGCAAACAAGUACUUACUAAAGCCGCUGAUCAACGUUUAUGAAAACCCCCACUGUCUCAAAGGACGUUUCUAUCUCUACACUGACUGUUUUGUCCUUCAGCUGAUUAUGAGGCUUGGUCUCCAGGCCUUCCUCUCAAGCCUACUCCCACAUGUGCUGCAAGUUCUAACUGGCUUCGAAAGCUCAGGCACUGGUGGAGAAGGUUUUAAAGGCCUGAGAACUGGCAUUUGUAACCUCGGAGAGGAGGAGGAAGAGGACUUCCAGGAUGGCAAAGUGCGGCCAUCAUCUGCGUCUGUCGGUGGCAACAUGGGCAGUAACAGUGGGGUGAGUGGAGGAGUUGGGCUGGUCGGAGACACCGGACUAGUUGACUAUUCCUCUGGCAUCAGUCUCAACGAUCAAGUGUUUCUUUCAGAUGCUGAGGACUUUCAGAAUGAAUUUUAUGUCAACAGUGGAGACGGUGUUGGUGGUGGGAAGCAGCAAAACCAGAACUCUGCAAGUAAGGAUCAAGAUCAUGAAUCUUUAAGUGUGGGGAAAUUAAGUGAUAAAAGCAGCACAAGUGAACUCUCUCUGGGUGAUGAUUCAAUGAGGGACAGAGCGAGUCUGAAAUCUGCAGACAGCAGCCAGGAUCUGAAACAUGCUAGUGAGGGAGAGGAAAUCGGCGAGUUAGAGGAAGAAGAGCUAGCCAGCGAUGGGAAGGAGGGGACGGGUCACAGAGCGUCCCUCAGUCUUGACCUCACAGAUUCAGGUUCCACUCUCACAACUCUUCAAGGAGAGACUGUUAACGGGAUGAGACUUGAUGAGACUGACAAAGGAAUUGUAGAUGAUCAGGAGGACGAGGAAGACGACAGAGAUCAGUCAGAGGAGUCAGAGGAGAAAGAACAAAAGAUUCUUUUAGAUACAGUCUGCAAAACGGUUCGAUGGCUAUCGGCAAAACUUGGACCAACAGUGACGUCUCGAUAUGUUGCCAGAAAUUUGCUGAGACUGCUCACAAACUGUUACAUUGGAUCUGAAAAUCACCAGUUUGUUUCCCCUCCAUCUGUGGAAAGCCAGCUGGAGAGUGUGGGAAUGGGCAGUGUGUAUGAGAAAAAACCUGUUGUUGGUGAUCAAACAGCAGGCCCUGUUUUAGACUGUCUCAUUUACAUAGCUCAACUCUAUGGAGAACCUGUUCUCACCUACCAGUACUUGCCUUACAUAGGAUAUCUGGUGUCUCCACCAUCUUCACAGCGUCUCAACACGCGUAAGGAAGCAAGUCUGCUCGGAGCCGUAGCACUUACCCAGAAGAUCAUUGUCUUUCUCUCGGAUACUACGCUAAUGGACAUGCUUAUGAAAAUCAAUCAGGAUGUGCUCCUUCCACUUCUAGAUCUGAUUACUACACCGCGAAUGGGGUUCCCCAGCGGGGUACAAACCCGCAUUGCUGUCUGCCUGAAGACGCUGAGCCUAAUGGCUCUCAUCUGUCUGCGCAUCGGGAGGGAGAUGGUGCAGCAGCACAUGGCUGACACUUUGCGUCGCUUCUUUGCUGUUUUUUCUCUACUGCAUUCUCUCCAGUCCCAGCUAAAUCAUGCCCCGCGGAGAGUUGUGGGAGAAGUAACACUUGUGGAUGUUUGUACACCCGAGGGGUCAAAUGUAACGUAUGAGACGGGGGUCUUGGAGGAGCUGCAGACCGUAUUUAACCCCGAGAUGGCCCAUGCCUCCUACAUCCCCUUCUACUGUCUCAUAGGUGACUUUGCCAUUCGGAAACUGGUCCCAAAUCAUGAACUCGUCUGGCAACUGGCCCAGUCCUAUAUUCAGAGUUUGAGCCAGGGGACCUCAGAGACCAGCCUCAGCUCGUCCUCCCAGCUGGAGCCAGCGUCUUCCUCUGGCCUUGGCAGACAAGUUGGCUGCAACCCAUUCCCCGCCCCCGCGCACAGCUCCACCGCGCAGGGAGACUCCCUCCCCGAGUCGGGCACAUUUGGAAGCCACCUGGUGGGGAACCGCAUCCAAGUGUCCCACGACAACGAAUUCGACGGCAACACCAACCACAGUCUGGCCAGCUCUUGGGGACGCACCGGCCACACGACUCCAAUCAUCACCACCGCCUCCACGUUUUCCGCUCCUUCGACAGGUGCGUCCUCCUCUUCGACCUGGAUAACGGGCCCCUCCCAGGAGGACAGCGCCCUAAAGCAAGAGCUCCCCCGUAGCACCCGCUCUCUACAGGGCAACUGGUUGGCCUACUGGCAGUAUGAGAUCGGUAUUAACCAGCAAGAUUCCCAUUUCCACUUUCACCAAAUCAGACUGCAGAGCUUCUUAGGCCAUUCGGGCACCGUGAAAUGUUUGUCACCGCUGGUGGGAGAGGAUUUCUUCCUGUCCGGGAGCAAAGACAAAACCGUGAAGCUUUGGCCCCUUUAUAAUUAUGGCGAUGGGACUCAGGAGGUGGAUCCCAGGCAGACGUACAGCGAGCAUCGGAAGUCUGUGUUCUACGUGGGACAGCUGGAGACCUCGCAGGAAGUCAUCAGCUGUGAUGGCACUGUCCAUGUGUGGGACCAGUAUACAGGCAAGCCAAUCCGUUUGUAUGAAGCCGUGGACGGGAAGAAUCCAAUUACAGCCGUCACCACAAUGCCAGCUCCACACUGCAGCGUUGUGUUUGGCAGUGCGGAUUCUGUUCUCCGCUUCAUUGAUCCUCGAAAGCCUGGAUUGCAGCAUGAAUUUCGGCUGGCGUACAACAACGUCAGCGCCGGGCUCAUCCGCUACCUGGCAGUCAGCCCCUCAGGACGCACGGUAGCGGCGGGAUUCUCCUCAGGAUUCAUUGUUCUGCUCGACGCGCGCACGGGCCUCAUACUGAAGGGCUGGCCAGCUCAUGAAGGAGAUAUUCUCCAAAUGAAGGCAGCAGAGGGCAACCUGGUGAUCAGCUCCUCCACCGACUACACCCUGAGCGUGUGGAAGGAUCUGGAAAACAAGCCGCUGCGCCAGUACAAGUCGCAGUCCGACCACAUCCACGCCUUCGACCUGUACGGCUCGCAGAUUGUCACCGGAACGGUGGCCAGCAAGAUCGGGGUGUACUCCAUGGCCGACAUCUCCCUGAGCCCCGUGAGCAGCACAAAGCUGAGCACAGAGAACUUCCGCGGCACCCUGACCAGCCUGGCUGUGCUGCCCACCAAGAGGCUGCUGCUGCUCGGCUCUGACAACGGCGCCAUCAGGCUGUUAGCUUAAAACCGUAGCCUGUAGCUGCACUAAACACUCUUACCACUGGUAUUUACUGUGUCUUUUUAAUAGAGGAGCGGCGGUCUGAGGCUGAGCUCCCCCCCUUUUGAACUCAGAGGGAGAUGAAAUAGUUGGGUUGGGUUUAAAAUGCUUUCUCUAGCAUCUGCAGAAUCAUGCUAAUCUGCCUACUAGCACAGAAUUUAUUGAGCCGACGGUGCGCCACGCUGUCGAGAUUCAUCAUGCACACCGAAAUCUAUUCACUUUUUCUGUGGAUGUAUACUAUUUAAUAGUAAACCCUUGUCUUGACUAGGUCAUUUGUUUUUGUUUUUUUUUACCCAGGUCAGCUAUUGAAAAAAAAAAAAAAAAGAAUAAAUAAAUUGGAAUAGAUGCUCAGGAAGGUCUCUCGGAGAGUUUACACUUUUCCGAACAAAACCAAAAAUUCAUCGACCUCACCUGCCGUUUUCCUCAACGAUAAUGAGUCAAUUCAAAUGCACUGAUUAAAACUAUGCAGUAUUUGUAGAGCAAGUGAUUUCUGUUAUUGCGACUCCCAUGUUUUGUUUUGUUUUUUAAAGACCUGUUUUCAUAGUUGUUGUGUGUGAGUGUGCGUGUGUGUGUUUGUGUACAUCCUGAAUAAUAAACGUACACCUGCCGCUGUGAUGACCGUGUUGGCGUGCCUGAUCAGAGGAGGGCGGUGGUGGGGGACAAAAUGUUAGAUACACAGCCUUGAAAUCUAUUGCACAAUUAAGGCCUGAAUUUUAACAUUUUUAGAGUCUCACUCUGAUUUUUUUUUUCUUGUUUAAGCUGAAUGUUUUUAUUCCACAAAUGGAUUACUUGAAAUUUCUUCAGGAUUAUGAAGACCACGUUUUAAGCCCUGUAGCGACAUUACGUCGUGUGUGCAUGUGUGUGCGUGUGUAGAUGCUGCUUUUGCUCGGCAU